AUGGCAUUAGAUUGUGUUCUACUUGGUGUGUUGUUGACUCUCGGUACAUUUUUCGCUGAGUGGUCUGCUGAAAGACAGUUGUUGAAGAUCAGGCAGAGAUUUCUGAAAGAGGUCAUGCGUCAGGACAUCUCAUAUUUUGAUGGCUACGAUGCCACUGCUCUGGCUUCCAAGUUGAUGAUGAAUACUCGGCUAGUCCGAGACCUCAUUGGCAUUCGCACAUCAAUGGCUUACAUGUACAUCGGCGUGAUUGCCGCAUUGCUUGAAGUUGCUUUUCAAAACCAGGCCGGUGUUGCCGGAGUGUCUUUGUGCGUGCUUCCCGUUAUUGUCCUCUCAGGGUGGUGGGCAGGCAGAAUCGAGUACAAAGCGACACUCAAGGUGAAGGAAUCAAAUGAAACCGCCAACAGUGUAGCACUCGAGGCCAUUACCAACAUGAGGACUGUGAAAGCCUUCAACAUGCAGGACACCAUGAAGGCGAGGUAUGGCGUCUGUGCAGACACUGCGGAAACCGAAGUGAACAACGCCUCUGUCAAGACCGGGUUCGGCUACGGCAUCUACUGGCUCUGCAUUUUCUGUGCCAGCGCUUUUGGGUACUGGUACGGCUCGCAUGUGCUGUACGAAGCGUCUAUGAAGUUUUGUGAGGAUAUUGAAAUUUGUGGGGAACCCGGUUCAAUAAUUGGCGCGUACAUAUCGGUGAUUUGGGCUGCGUUUUACAUUGGCAAGGUUAUUCCCUGGAUCUCAGACGUGCAGCAAGGAAACUUGGCUGUUCGGGAGACGGUUGCACUCUACGACCGGCGGAGUCUGGUAGACCCGUAUAACCCCGACGGCAUUACCGACUUGUCGAACGUCCAGGGGGAAAUAAAGCUGGAGAACGUCGCCUUCGCCUAUCCGACGCGCUCCGACGUACCGGUGUUCUCGCGGCUGAACCUCACGAUACCCGCGGGGAAAAGUAUAGCGCUAGUUGGAGCCUCUGGCUGCGGCAAGUCCACCGUGAUUCAGCUCGUCAUGAGGUUCUACGAUCCGCAGUCCGGGUUGGUAAUGCUUGACGGUCGCCCGCUUACUGAGUACAAUGUGAAAGCGCUGAGGGAAACCAUUGCCUGGGUUGGUCAGGAGCCGAAGUUAUUCGCGUCGUCCAUCGCCGAGAAUAUCGCGAUUGGGAAACCUGAUGCGACUCGCGAAGAGAUUGAGGAAGUCGCGAGAAAAGCCAAUGCGCACGAGUUCAUCUCGGCCCUCCCGGAUGGGUACGAUACGUGGGUCGGUGAUGGUGGCAACCAGCUGUCAGGUGGUCAGAAACAGCGGGUGGCCAUCGCUAGAGCCUUGAUUAAGAGACCCAAAAUCCUCAUCUUGGACGAGGCUACAAGUGCUCUGGAUAACAAGUCGGAGCAGAUGGUCCAGGAAACGCUCGACGACAUUGCUGACGACCGUCCGCAAUGCAGAUGUCAUUGCCGUGCUGAACAACCCCACGGACAGGCACAGCAACUCCGGUGA